GUUCCUCCUCACAUCCACAUGACGCCAUUUGUUGCAUGCAUACACAGAGCCCAACCUACCUCCGGAAAGAAAGCUAGGAGGCUGAGUUGAGCCUAGCUCAGAUCUCAUUCAGCCUAAAUACACAACACUAGUUCACUCCUUCACUAUCCCCCUCCCACCUAACCAUUGCAGAAGGGAAACCCGACAACAACGACCAGUAGCAACACAUCGUGCAGGCUUUUUGGCAGUUUGGGAAGACAAACGAAUUGUUCUAGUGCAUUGGAUUUGCUGCAAUAGUUUAUUUUUCAUAAAGUUUUUUUGGCAAUCACAUUCUACCAUCGUGUUCAUUGCAGGAAAGUAGGGAUUCUUGUUGCUGCAUAGAGGAAUUGCAUACAUCGAAGAGGCUUGUAAUUGGGAUCGCUUGGACUUAACUUUUGAGGAUUUGUUGGGACUAUGCAAAUCGAACGAAACUUGGUCUGUAUUAGGAGUUUGUUGGAUUACUUUGAAUAGUGCGAAGUCACAGUAAAACGAAAAAAAGGGACUGGAACUUGUGCAGCGUUGUGAUCACGGAUUUCCGAUGUGUUCAAAGCCUGCUGGAGUGAGCACUCUUCAGAGUUCAGAUGGAGACGAGAGGUCAGCAUGGGAAUGGUUCGCCGGCUCUGUUACAUUUUGUGCUUGACACUGGCAGACAGCACUGGGACACUUCUGAUUCAAGGGAUGGACCAAUGCAGCAGACCCAGGUGUUGUCUUUGGAACAGAUCCGAGCCAUCCGCAGCACGAAUGAGUACACAGAGGGACCUACUGUGGCACCGAGACCUGGAAUUAAGCCUGGGUCUGUCCCAGUUACUCAACAGAAAAAUGAAAGGAUGCAUGGAUUAACAGAAACAGAAAUCCAAUUGGCUGGCCAUCGAGGCCAUCCUCAACCUGGAACACCUUCUCGGAUACCUUUAGCCCGUACAACUAGUGCUGUAAGUACUGGGUCAAGGAGCAGUACACGGACAAGCACAGGAAGUGCUUCAUCAGAGCUUCCCCUCUUGGUACCUUCCACUUCACCACCUCUGCAUCUUGCUGACCAGAUAAUUCGGGUGCAGCCAAAGUCAGACUUAAAGGAGGAGCUAAAACCCCUUAGUAGAACACAGAUGGGAAAGCAUUCAUUAAGGUGUGAAGACUGUGGAAAAUGCAAGUGUAAGGAUUGCACAUAUCCCAGGACACUGCCAUCCUGCUGGUUAUGUGACAAACGGUGCUGGUGCUCAGCUGACAAUGCAGUGGAAUAUGGGACCUGCAUCUGCUGUGUGAAGGGACUUUUUUAUCACUGCUCAAGUGAUGAUGAGGAUAACUGUGCAGACAACCCCUGUUCCUGCACCCAGUCUCGGUGCUGUGUUCGCUUUUCUGCCAUGGGGGCAGUAUCACUGUUUCUACCUUGUUUGUGGUGCUACCUUCCUGCCAAGGGGUGCCUUAAACUGUGCCAAGUGUGCUAUGAUAGAGUCAAAAGACCUGGAUGCCAAUGCAAACGCUCAAACACAGUUUGCUGUAAAGUUCCAUUAGUCCCUCCUAGGACCUGCGAGAAGCCAACAUAGCAAUAGAGAGACAGAAAGAGAGAAAAUAACGAGGCCUUAAACUUUCAACUCACAUUGUAUGCAGCAAAAAAGGUGUAAUUCUAGCACUCCUGGUUCUGAGUUGCAGUGCAGUUACUGUUUUCAUUAAUAUGCUUUUUUCCUCUUCCCAUUUUAACUGGUGCCUGUGCUAAAGGAAGAUAACAGAUGAAGCUCAAACUGGACUUAUAAGCUAGAAAUCAAUGGAAACAUUUAGUCAGUCAUGUUUUUAAUUACUUCUUGUAAAAACUGAAAAAAAAUGUAAAAGAGCAAAAGACUCGCCUUUCUUUUUUUUUUCUCUGACAGAGGUAAUGUGCUAUAUUUUUGUAUAUACAAUAUAAUAAUAUUUGUAAAUGUCAAAUAAAAAAGGAAACAGUGACACAACAGUGGCACACUGUUGAAAUGUUAUACUAAUAUGUUGUACAUUCAGGAGAAUGUGAAUCAGUCAAUAUGUUUUUAGAUUAUAUUUUACCUUAUUGAAACCUGCUAUUACACAACUUUUGACUCCCUUCAGACUUCCUGUAUAUUUUAAAGUUACCAUAAAAUUCAAUCUUUAUUUUCUAAUUUUCAACAUAUUUAGUGUAAAGAAUAUUUAUUUGAAGUUUUAUUAUUUUAUAAAAAAGAAGAAAUAUUUAUUUUAAGAAGCAUCUUAGAGAAUCACCCCUUUUCAUAAGAUCAUUGUAGUUGCUGCAAAUGUAGGGUGAUGCAAAUCAGAUGCAUAUGUUCAAUAUAAAAUAGAAAAUAUAUUAACGUUUGAAAAUCA